AUGGAGGCGGCAGCGGCGGACAAUGCUCGUAUCAUGAGCAUGUAUACCAAGGACAAACGAGUAGGCGAGGGAACCUAUGCGACAGUGUUUGAAGGGCGUCAACUCAGCACCGGGCGAAGGAUAGCGAUCAAGAAGAUCAAAGCAGGCCAAUUCAAGGAUGGCUUGGACAUGUCUGCUCUCCGAGAGGUCAAGUACCUCCGCGAGCUGCGUCAUCCCAACGUUAUCGAACUGCUCGACGUUUUCUCUUCAAAGGCCAAUCUCAAUCUCGUCCUCGAAUAUCUGAAUGCAGAUCUCGAGAUGAUCAUCAAAGAUCGCUCGCUCGUCUUUCAGUCCGGUGAUAUCAAAUCAUGGAUGCUCAUGACAAUGAAAGGGCUCGAAUUCUGCCAUCGCAAUUUCGUCCUGCACCGGGAUAUGAAACCCAACAACUUGCUCAUCUCAUCCGAGGGCGUCCUCAAGAUUGCUGAUUUUGGUCUCGCGAGGGACUACGCAGAGCCAGGCCGGCCGAUGACGUCUCAGGUUGUGACGAGAUGGUAUCGCGCGCCUGAGCUGCUGUUUGGGUCAAAGGCAUAUGGAGACGCCGUUGAUAAUUGGGCAGCUGGCUGCAUCUUUGCCGAGCUCAUGCUCCGCACACCCUAUCUUCCCGGUGACAACGAUUUCGAUCAGCUGAGCAAGAUCUUCCAUGCGCUCGGCACGCCUACUGAGGACGAUUGGCCUGGUGUGAAACUUUUGGCUGACUUUGUACCAUUCAACCCGCUCAAGAAGUCGUCACUGGCAGAUCUCUUCACCGCGGCUAGCGGCGAGGCCAUUGAUCUGCUGACCAAAUUGCUCACUCUCAACCCUACGAAACGCAUCUCCGCGCGCAAGUCGCUCCGACAUCCUUUUUUCUCCUCUAUGCCUCGGCCGACUCAUCCCGAAAAGCUGCCUAGACCUGCAGGAGUACUGCAGCCACGUGCGAUACCACCCGAAGAGCUCAAUGGCGCCGAUCCAGUCAGUCUGCGGAAGCGCAAAGCAGGCAGGGACGACCUCGAAUCUGGACAGCUCGGACGAGGCUUUGUCGGAGACGAUCGACUGAAGAAGGUUGCUAAAAAGCUCGAAUACGCGUAG